AGCUUCCAAGUGCAGCUCUGACUUUACAACUCUAUUUUGUUUGACUCUGCUUUUGCUGCAGGAUGACAGCAUCCUCAUUAUAAUUACCACAACUAUUUUAGCAAUCCUGCUCCAGGCAAAUAGUCGCAAUUACCUUGGUCGCCGAAGCUAAGCGGCCGCCGUCAGUCGAGCCAUGUUCGAAAACACCUGCACACUCCCGCUUCACGCGGAUAUUUUCACCACAGCGCUGCACCCGACAGAGCCUCUAUUGACUGUCGGCCUGUCCAACGGCCUUGUCGAAACUUUUCGAUUGCCAUCUAGCAAUUCCUCAGACGACGAUGCCGAUGGAGACUCGAGCGUGCUCAGCGACGGUAGAUCGACGAUUAACUCGGUUUGGAAGACCAAGAGGCACAAGGGAAGCUGUCGCUGUCUGGCCAACUCCCACGAUGGACAAUACCAGUACUCCGCCGGCACGGACGCACUGAUCAAGCACUACGAUACUGCUACGGGCAAAGUCAUUUCAAAGUUUGCCAUCCCGACCAAUACCUCGCGGCCCGACGGCCCAGCAUUGCUACACGUGCUUAACCCGAUGAGCCUCCUUCUUGCUACGGAUACCGGUGCUCUACACAUUGUCGAUUUGCGCGACGGCGCUCUAGGUAAAAAGCCUGCGCAAACGCACUAUCCUCAUUCCGACUACGUCUCGUCCAUUACGCCCCUCCCGCCUUCGGAAGAAAGCACCAGCGGCUUUCCCAAGCAAUGGGUUAGCACUGGUGGAACGACACUAGCUGUUACAGACGUCCGACGAGGAGUGCUUGUACGAAGUGAGGAUCAAGAGGACGAACUUCUGAGCUCUUGCUUCGUGCCUGGCUUGGGGCCCAAGAAGAACAGAAACAAUGGUGUCAUGGUGGUUGGAUCUGGAUCCGGCGUGUUGACCAUGUGGGACAAAGGAGCUUGGGAUGACCAGCAAGAACGUAUCAUUGUGGAUCCGGCAAAGUCUGGAGGAGAAAGCAUAGACGCUGUCGUCAUGGUACCCAAGGAGCUGGGAGUGGGCAAGAAGGUGGUUUGCGGCGUUGGCGAUGGUAGUCUGAGAAUCGUCGACCUUGUGCGGAGAGAGGUGGAUACAACCCUCAAUCUGAGGCACGACGAUAUGGAGGGCGUGGUCUCCCUAGGAUUCGACUCGGAGAACCGUCUAAUUAGCGCUGGCGGUCGAACAGUCAAGAUUUGGGAGGAACUAUCAGCGCUUCAGGGCGGCGACAGUAAUAGUGAGGAAGACGAUGAUGAGGACGAUGACGAUGACGACAACGAGGAUGAUGAUUCGGAUGAUGAAGAAGAAAAGCCAAACGGCAAACGCGCUGCUGAGAGCGACAGCGACGAUGAUAGUGAUGAUGGAGUGGAAGAGAUGAAGCAACGGGCCAAGAGACGAAAGGAGAUGCAGCAGCAAAAGCUGGGCCCCAUGGGCGCUCACGGCAUCUUGGGCUUUGAUGGUCUAGAUUAAGAGAAAACUGUACGGUUUACUGCCCUAGUGAUGGGCAAGGGUUUCGGGGGGGAAGGUCUGUGUUACCUUGGUUUGUGAUACCUUGAGGGCUCGAGGGAUCGAGCAGAGCUCACAUGAUUUAUAUAACGAUAGCAUUGCAUAUCUAGGUGUGCUCGACGAAUGGUUAUUGUUGAAACGAAUCCCUUCGAUUCGUUUCUUUUCCACCCAAUCUGAUCUGACUAAAUACCUAAAUUGAGUUAAUAGCCCAAAACCUCG